AUGUCCUCCCAAUUUCUGCAGGCAGAGCUCUUGAACCUGAUCCAGGAAUCCAAGAGGAGGAACACUGACCUGCGAAAUGCGGCUGAAGAAUCCCUUAAUGAAUUGAAGGCACUGCCUUCUACAUCCGAAGCGCAGAUUUCAGCAGACCUAGUGCGUAAACCUAAGUUCGCGAAUCCAUUCAUUCUUGCCUGCCACAGUCGCCAUGCGAAACUUGCAGGCAUCGGGGUCGUAUGCCUGCAAAGGCUAGUUGCUUCGCGGUCGCUACCUUCUGAGCGAUUGAAAGAUGUUCUGGCUGGGUUGAAGGAGACCACGAACAUGAGCCUGGAUAUUCAGCUCAAAAUUCUGCAAUCGUUACCUUCUUUGCUGCAGCAUUAUUCCAAUGACCUAGGAGGAGACCUCUUGGUGAGCACUUUGGAGAUUUGUGCUACUCUACAAGGGAACAAGAUGCUUGCGGUUUCUAGUACUGCCGCAGCCACGUUGCAGCAACUGGUCGUGUCGACAUUCGAGCGUGUUUCGAUUGAAGACAAAAACUUCAAUAAAUCGACGCCGACGACUACUGUGAAAGUCGACGGGAACCCAAUAAACGUAGGGUACUUUGCAUACGAUGCUUUACGGGUGCUGGACGACCUCUGUCGACUGAUCGAUGGUGAACCCCUGUAUUUUCUUCGAAUCAAGUCUCUCUCUUCAACAUUCACUCUAGAGCUUAUCGAGAGCAUACUGGUCAACAGCGGGAAACUUUUUGUUGUCCAUGCCGAGCUAACCCAGGUCCUGCGAGUUCGACUUAUGCCAAUGAUUGUAAGGUAUCUGUCUGAAAGACACGGCUUCUCUCAGACUGUUCGCGUCAGUCGAAUUCUCUUAGUACUUCUCAAGCGCCAUAUGUCUCUCCUACCUGCGGAGUGCGAGAUGGCCCUCGGGCUUUUGACGCAUCUACUUGAGCCUGAUGGGAACUCGCCUUGGAAGCGAGUCCUCUGCAUGGAAGUUUUCCGAGGCUUGUAUCUCGAGCCAGGUCUGGUGAGGCUCAUGUAUUCCUUGUACGACAGAGAUGACCGCAGGAAGAAUAUCCUCAGAGACCAUAUGGCUUCUCUUGUUCGCCUGGCUUCCGAAAAGCCUUCUUUGAUUGGGCUCAGCAGCCAGUCAACCGUGCCUUUCCGUGCCGAGCAUUCGAGAUCUAUUACCGAAGAUCAAAUUACGCUCGAGGCUGGUGGAGUUGCUGGUGUUAUCGGAGCCACCGUUCCCUCAACCGACACUGAUGUACCGGGAAUCAGCAGUCAGUGGAGCGUGGUUCGCACGCCAUAUAUGGAGUUGCUUGACAAGACCGAUCCUCCUCCCCCUCCUGAUACGUAUAUUUACAGUCUUGUACUCAACUGCAUCAGUAGUUUUGCUGAAGGCCUCGCAAAAUUCAUACUCCCUUUGACAGUACCCGAUUUGAAGCAAAAGAGGCGAAGUCGUAUUGCGAGCCCUCAUCCAGACGGUGGCUCUUCCCGGCCCUCACAGGAUCUCCAGAGGACGAAUUCCUCGAAAGGGUCUCAAACGUUGAGUCCCAAAAAAUCAUCUAUACCGAUCAAUCCUCUCCAGUUAGAGUCACAUCCUCAGCUCCCGGCAAUCCAAAGCUGUGCUGGUAUUAUUGAGAAUUGUUGGCCGGCCAUACUCGCUGCCUGCUCAACAUUUCUCUAUGCAUCUCUCGACGAUGACUUUUAUCACAACCUUGUCCGGUCAUUCCAGAAGCUAGCUCAUGUGGCUGGCCUUCUUAGGUUGUCUACGCCGCGUGAUGCGUUUCUGACAACGCUCGGGAAGGCAGCCAUGCCAGCAGAGGCAAGUAGCACGAGGCCUGCGACCACUGCGGUGACUACCACAGCUGCUUCUCAAUCAAAUCCAACGACGGAUGAGAAGUCGAAGAGCUCACAGGCGUCGCUUGCCGGUUCCCCAUUACCAGCUGAGACUUCCAGUGCGCCUUCUGACAUCGCAUUCGUGUCCCUCAGUACCCGGAACCUCCUGUGCUUGCGCGCUUUACUUAAUCUGGGCAUAGCUCUAGGUCCUACUUUAGACCAGCCGGCCUGGUCAAUAAUCUUAGGGACACUUCAAGACACAGACUUGCUGAUAGGAAUGGCUUCCACGAAGUCGCAAGCCUCAACCAGUAGCUCUGGGGAAGUUCUGUCUGGUUCUGGUUCUGAUGUGCCCAAGGCUAAUCUCGGUUCCGAGAUCUUGGCCGUGCAGACAGCUUCUGCUAAAAUGCUGGAGAGUACCAACGACUACCCUAGUGAUUCAUUUCAAGAGAUUUUGACUGCCCUCCUCGAUCUGUCCGGGACAGUUGAAGAGCCAACUCAAGAGUCGCCUGAGAAUGUGUCAAACGCAGUCCUUUCGCCUCAGUCCCGCUCUAAUCUAAUGCGCAAAAGUACACACCGCGUAUCGCGCUCUAUGGGGAAGUCUAGGACACAGGAUGAGCUAUUGAGGUUUGUUCUCGAGAAAGCAAAUGAAUUGGCUAGAGCAAACCUCGAACGGUUUUCGUCACUAGCUGAAAGUGACCAAGACGCUUGGCAACUUCUUACGGGAAGAUUGAUGUCAAGCGCAGCGGACAGAUCGAACAUCCAAAAGCUUCGUCUACGAGCCAACGAGGUACUGAAUGGCGUUGUUUUUCAGACCUUGAAGCAGACGGAUAGCAGUGACGUCUCCGAACGGAAUGCACGGCAGAUGAGAAAUCUUCAGACACUCAAGCUUCAAGUUCAAUUGCUCUAUGAUGCAGGUGCGUGCUCAGCAGGGUCACCUUCAGCACCUGUGGCCGAAGUUCAUGAACAGAGCUUGGAGACCUUGAAGGGUAUCCUUGAACAAUAUGCGGAAACAUUCGCUGAGGGGUGGUCCAUCGUCUUUGAUCUCAUCUCAAGCGUUUUUGGUGAAACGAAGGGGACAGAUGCACCUAGAAAAGGGCGUCAGCCAUCGUCGACAGCCAACUCGCCUCGACUCGUUCGUGUGGCAUAUAAGUCUCUGCAGCUUAUAGCCUCCGACUUUAUCUCCCUACUUCCGUUACCCUGUCGGUUGAAUCUUGUGGACUCCUUUUCGAAGUUUGCCUUGCAACAGCAGGAUUUCAAUAUCUCACUGACAACUACAUCGUCUUUCUGGAAUGUGUCCGACUUUCUUCAAGGACAGAUCGAGCAUUUUUGCAUCGAGACUCAUGUUGAUUCCUCGGUGACUGAGGAUACGCUUGCAGGCCUAGCUAAGGGGGAUGAUCCUGCUGUCUCGCGUAACGCACUGUGGCUAUUGCUUCUUCUACGAAUAGUUGACCUCACCACAGACAGCAGGCCAGAGAUUCGUAACUGCGCGAUCCAGACUCUAUUAAGAAUAUUCGAUGCCUACGGCCAGCAACUGUCGCCCAAAGCAUGGCGCUUGUGUCUCAACCGUGUGCUGUUUCGAAUGGUGGAAGAAAUAGAAACCGAGCUCACACUUACACGGGGCAAGAAUAGCAGCCGCACUCCGGAUGAACUUAAGGCGUGGGUUGAGACCACGGUCGUCAUGAUAAAGGGGGCUUCCGAUCUCAUCACCACUUUCUUCGAACCAAUUGUUCAAGAUGACUUGUUUGAUCAGUCCUGGGAACGCCUGCUCGGCUACUUCCGGAAAUUGAUCGGCUUACGUCUCUUAGAAUUCAGUGAAGGUGUAUACUCCAGUCUGUCGAACAUUCUUCUUCGUGUACAGACGCCCUCUGGGCUAAGCAAACAGGCUCUGAAUUCCACUUGGUUGCUAUGGGUAGAUGGACACCCAGCCGACAAAGAAGAUUUACUAGAUUUGGAGCGCCCGAAUCAAGAUGCGGCCAUAGCAUACCUCGAGUCAUUCCAACAGAUCUAUCGGUUAUACAAGGUUGAUCUUGAAGGGGAGCGUGUUGAAAGCAUUCUCGGGCAUCUGCGUCUUCUUGCAUGGAAUUCAAUAUCCCCUCCAUACUCACCAGACAUUGACCGCUCAUCGCGCCUCCAGACAAUGAUUAUUGACUGCUUGAAGACACUAUGCAUCGAGAAAGACAAUUCGCAGCCAGAAAUUCUCUCAUGUCUUGCCGAUUUUGCGGAUUCACCAUUAUCGAGAUGGUCCCCUGAGAGUGACUCGAAGAAACCAACCUAUCUUGCCUUUUCCAAAUCUGCGAUAGAUCUCCUCAGCUGGUACAUCGCGGAUCAUGGUAUCAAGCAAGACAUAUUCACAAAUGGAGCACUAGCGACAGCUCUUGAGCAUCUCGCGCACCCAAUAGUCCAAAGAUAUGAAUGGCCAGGAAAGGAUCGCGAACCAAGCCUUUGGCGCCAGUCAAUCACAGCGGCUUUGAACGUUCUCCAAGUUGCGAUUCCUUACAUGGAGACACAAUACGACAACCCAGAUCAGCCGGAAAUCCAGCGUUUCUGGAAGCAGGCAGUCAACAUUGCAAGCGGCAUCGUCACUGCCCGGGGCUAUCGAACCGCCCCCCUUCCACGAGCCACCAUCCUAGCCGACGAGUCCUUUGAUAUUGCUGCUUUCGAGCGACUCAAAACGCUCAUCAUCCCAUCACUCGGGGCGUCCGUCAUCCCAGACUCAAUCCGCCGCGAAUUCUCAAGCGCCCUAUUACACUCCUCCUUCAUCUACCUUCCCCAACGAUUCGACAUCCCUACCAAAUCCCUCCAAGACGAGCCUCUGAGCGGCAUAUACGAAAUCCGACCCGGAAGAACCUUCGAACCCCCACCAACAUCACGCACCAAAAUGGCAUACGUGGUGAUUGACACGCUCUUCGAAUUGGCAUCCACACCAACACAAGACGCCAACAACAACACCAACCACACCCCUCACAAACCACCGCUCGCGUCACCCUCGCCCAAUCUAUCUCCCCAUACCUGA